AUGGGUGCACUGAAAUCACUGAUGAACACGUUUCCCGGCUCUGGCCUAGAACGAGGCUCCAGGAACUCAUCUUGGAGCCCAUCGCCGCCGUUCUCACUGAAGCUUGGCGCCAUGGCGCAAGGCCUGGUGGCCGCCCUGCGAUUGGGAUACAUCAGCUUUGCAGCAGGGAUCUACACGAACAAUCCCAUUUGCAUUAAGAACAAUUGCAUCAAUCCCAUCUUUCCCGGCUUGGAGGACCUCCAUAGAUUGGCCAACACCACCAAAUGGUAUUGCACCAGCAUGGAGGAUACGGCCCUGGCCAUUGGAUUCUGCAAGGGAGCCGUGAAUUACCACAUCGCCGUCCCUGAGCCUCAGGUCCCAGAUGAGUCCAGCGUCCAAGCGCUGGUGCGAAAGCAAGACCGGGCGGCGAACACCGCCUACUUCGCACACUUGAAUGGCCUGGGCAAGGAUCCGUGGGAGCAUCCGGAUCCCGAGAACUCCGACGAUUGCAUCCGGAGCAUUUGGAAGAUGGUUUGCUACACCUACUUUCCUCGAGCUGAACCUGGCUGUGCGCGUGGAAGCUUGAUGGAAUACAUCCGACCGUGCCAGAGCUCAUGUGCCAACUACAUCAAUGCUUGCUCGGUGGAGUGCUGCGACGAGUCGGUGCAAUGCGUCUUUACUCACCAGAAGAAGCUCACGAAGACCACGGUCUUGGCCACCUCCGGGUAUGAACCUCAUGAUGGGCCUUCAUCCUUCUGCACCGGAAGCGCACACCGCAGCGGUGGUUUUGGUCUGGCUCUUCUCCUGGCUGUCUUGAGCUCCUUGAGCGGCGAGACCUUCGGCUUCCGCUUGCGGUCGCGGCCCAGCGUGGUUUCCUUUGCUGUGCUGGGCGUUUUUCUUUCAGUGGCUCUUCAAGGAUGUGAUUCAGCCGUGGUACACAGCAUUGGGAAUUGGAGGCAGGAGGAAGAUCAUUUGGUGAAGUUCCAAUUUGUCCCUCCAGGUGCUUCUUCCAAGGAGGCCGUGUUGAAUUCAUGCUCGCUCCCUGGCCUGUCCCCAACGCUGCAAUGCAGCGGACACGGUGGGUGUCAUACAUGGGAAAAGACGGCCGAUGCCAAUCCGACCCAGUUCUGCUGGUGCGAUGCGGAAUGGGCGGACCCCGAGUGCCGCACGCGCCGGAAGUCGCAAGUCGUCGCCUACCUUUUGGCCACCUUCCUGGGAGUGGUGGGUGCCGAUCGCUUCUACUUGGGCCUGGUGCUGUCCGGAUGGCUGAAACUCCUCGCGCUGGGGAGUUUGACGGUGUUUUGGAUCACGGAGGUUCUCAUUACCGGGUCUGCCCCGGUGAAUCUCAACAAAGACCUGCGCAGCUGGGGUGGCUUAAUGAAAGUCCUCACCUUCUUGGCACUGGGCAGCUGGUACUUCAUCGACGUGAUCCGCACGGGUUCCGCUCCGGUGGAGACCAACAGCUUCCGCACCGCGGCGGAUCUGCCCCGCGAGGCCUUCGUGGCUUGCACUGUCUUCCUUGCAAUGAUUGCUGGAUUCCUCUUUGCUGGAUGGAGUGUGUCACAUGAUGUGGCUGCCAAAAGACGAAGCAUCUCUUUGAUGCAGAAUGCCUACGCGCAAGAAAAGGCAGCUUUGGAUGCAACAGUGAUGACCACAGAUCUCUUGUACAAGGAGACUGGGCCGACCAAUCAAACGCAGACGUCCAUUUGCGGGGUUGAGGCAAACACCGGAGAACACUAUAGGAGGCAAGAGGCUGUGAAGGACACAGUUGGAUUGCUGGAUGCUUAUGGCUUGCGGAAGGACCUUUUGAUUCAGACAAUGAGCGUUCAUGUGUUGCAGGGGCACCGGACCUGGCAAGGGAAGCAGAUGACAGAGGGUGUUGUCUCCAUUGCAAUGGCAUUUUCUACUUGCUUGAUUGUUGGUGGACGCGAGCAGAUGACGGUGCAGCAUGGUGUGCACAUUCUGUCCGUGCCCCGAUCCGAACGGAGCCGAUCUCGGUCCUUCCCCGAUGUCGGAGCCACGACGGAAGCCAAGGUCCUUCUCCAGAUGAAAAUCAAGGUCCUACAGCGCAGCCAACAGGACUAUUUGGGUGCCACAUCCAGUGACAUCACACGUCACUUUCGAAAUGCGGACCCGGACUUGCAUCCUUUCGAGAGAGCCAGAGAGUACCAGCGAGCCCUCAAGGCCGUAAAGAUGGAGAAGAUCUUCGCGAAGCCCUUUGUGAAGGCCUUGGAGGGGCACACCGAUUCGGUGAAGUGUAUGGCCAUUGCGCGGAAAGGCGCUGCACCUUUGCUGUCAGGAAGCUGCAACGGCGAGUUGCGCUUAUGGAACAUGCAACAUCUCAUUUGCGGGAGUGCUGUGACCAAAGCUCAUGAGGGCUUCGUUCGUGGUGUGACCAUGAGCCCGGAUGGACGAUUGGCCUUCUCCUGCGGAGACGACAAGGCUGCAAAGAUGUGGAGAAUCCAAGCAAAGGCUUGCGAGAUAUCCGAAGAGCCAGAGGCUGUAUAUCACAUGGCUUACAUACCUGGAGCCAUUGAUCACCACUGGCAGAAGAAGAUGUUUGUGACCGUUGGCGAUACGGUUGACGUUUGGGACUACAGCCGGUCCACGCCCGUGAGCUCCUUCGAGUGGGGCUGUGAGCGAGUGAUCACCUCUCGCUUCAACCCGGCCGAAUCGGCGCUGCUGGCCUCCACGGCCGUCGACCGAUCCGUCGGCUUGUAUGACCUGCGAGGCAAUGCUCCCAUUCGCAAGGCGGGCCGCAGGGCACCUGCCUGCCUGAGCGCAGCCGUGGCGCGACACCGGGGCGAGCGAGCGGAGCUGGGCGGCCAGGUGAUCCUGAAACUUCGGUCGAAUGGCAUCUGCUGGAAUCCCAUGAGGCCGAUGAGCUUUACAGUGGCGAAUGAGGAUUGCAGUUUGUACACAUUCGACAUGCGAAAGCUGAGUGCUGCUACUGGCCGACACUGGGAUCAUGUCAUGGCUGUCCUCGACGUGGACUACGCACCAAAUGGUCAAGAGUUUGUAUCCGCGAGCUACGACAAUACAGUGAGACUAUGGGAUGUCAAUUCUCAACGUUCAAAAGAGGUGUACCAUGGCAAACGUAUGCAGCGAGUGCUUUGUUGCCACUACACUCCUGAUGGCAGAUUUGUCCUUUCCGGCUCGGAGGACACCAACAUCCGUGUUUGGAAGGCCAAAGCAGACCAGAAGCUCGGUGUGGCAAGUGCUCGCGAGAGCAGAGCUGAAGCCUACAGGGAAGUGUUGAAGAAGAAGUUUUCGAAGAUGCCAGAAAUUGCGAGAAUUAAGCGACACAAGCAUGUGCCCAAGAUGAUCAAAUCGAUUGGAAAUAAGCGGCGCAUCAUGAAGGAGGCCCGACAACGAAAAGAUGCUAACCGGCGGAAGCACUCCAAGCCCGGCACGAUGGAGCAUGAGCCGAUGAAGAAGCGGCUCAUCGUGAAGGAGUUGGAGUGA